AAAUCAUCAUAUACAGUGCUUCCAGCUUUAGUCUGUGGAUUUAUCUGCUUAGUAACUUUGUCCAUGUUCCACUCUUAACUCUCAGACAAGAAAGCAAACCUGAACAUUCAAUGCACACAAGGUUUGCCUUUUCUUUUACAGGAAAUACAGGCUCCUGACAAUUCUGACAAAGUAACAGAGUCAGGAAGGCAUGAAAUGAACUUUCUCAGCCCCUGACAAAAUUCAAGAGAGACCCCAGGUAUAACCCUGCAAGAAGGAAGUGAGAUCUUUCUCUGCACAAGUAUUAACAUCCGUAGUGCCACUGAGCUGACACUUUGACUUCAUGACCAUUUAAGGAUGAGAUGUAGACAUCUGAUCUUUUGUGGGGGUUGGGGGAAGGUGUCAGGCCUUUCUCUGCACAAUACUAACAUCUGUAUGGUUUGUAUUGAUCCUUCUACGUUUGAAGACUGCAGGUGCUGAUUUCUGCUUGGUUUUCACAGGCCAAACUGUUCCCUUCAGCAUCCAGCUUGACCAGUCGUGAACUCUUGUAGAGCAGGGAGCCAUAAUGGCGACACUUAAAGAGGACCUCUGGGGAACUCUACAGUACUUAGAAGAAGACGAGUUUAAUGAUUUUAAGUGGUUCCUGAAGCAGGAUGACACCCUGGAAGGUUUUUCAGCCAUCCCAGCGGCUCAGUUAGAAAAGGCAGAAAGGGGGACCACAGUGGAUUUAUUGGUACAAACACAUACAGGUCCUGGAGCUCUGAAGAUAACUUUGAAGGUUUUCGAAAAGAUCAAAAGAAAUGAUCUGGUGCAGCGUUUGCAAACCUCCAGCCCAGGACCAACAGAUCUCAAGACACUUUCCUCUGGUGCUCAGAAAGAGGAGUAUGAGCGGGUCAAGACAUUUUUAGUGGAUGUGACUCUUGAUCCGGACACAGCACAUCCUAAUCUCAUCCUUUCUGGUGAUAGGAAAAAAGUUUAUCAUGGCGAUGUGAGGCAGAAAGUACCAGACAACCCUGAAAGAUUUUACAGAUGUGUGAACAUCUUAGGAAAGCAGAGUCUCUCUUCAGGAAGAUUUUACUUUGAGGUUCAGGUUAAAGGGAAGAUUGCCUGGACUUUAGGAGUGGUCAAAAAAUCAAUCAACAGGAAAGGAGGGAUUACACUGAGUCCAGAGAAUGGUUUCUGGACUGUAUGGUUGAGGAAUGGACAUUGGUAUGAGGCUAACGAUGAAAACCCUGUCUGCCUUUCUUUGAAGUCUCAGCUUCAGAAGGUGGGGGUGUUUGUAGAUUAUGAGGAGGGUCUGGUCUCCUUUUAUGAUGCAGAUACUGCAGAUCAUCUCUACUCCUUUACUGGCUGCUCCUUCACUGAGAAAAUCUACCCAUUCUUCAGUCCCUGUACUAAUGAUGGUGGUAGAAACUCUGCCCCUCUGAUCAUCUGUCCUAUCAAUCACAACAAUUAAACAUAACUGUAGGUUUUUCCAGUUAUUUUAGUUAAUUAGACUGCUGCUACUAAGUUUGAAGAAGUAAAGGUUAAAGUUAGCCAGAGUGUAGCAGCAAAUCGAAUGAGGUCACCAAGCCUAAAGUAAUGUACCAAUGAGAAUAAUAAAUGUCUAUAGUGUCUCAAGUUAAAGUACUCGGUGAAGUUUUUAACCACUUGUGUCUAUAUUCUGCCAAUUGGCAUGUCUAUCAAAUGAAAAGGGGGCUAUAGGGUAUAACCCCUGGACGUUGAACAAUUCCACUGAUCAACAGUUGGUGGCAGUAGUGCACCAGAAAAAGUUAAACAUGACGGAUCAUUCAGAUCAUGGGAUGUUCAAGGCUUUAAACAGUUCUUGUCAUGCUCUGGAUUGCAACAACUUAAUCAAGAGCCCACUCAUAUAGAAAAAUUAAGUCUAAGUGUUAUCAAUCACAAAGGCCUAAGAUUUCAUUUAAGGAUCACAAUACAACCAUUAGGUCAGUCAAGAACAACAGUUGAGAUUAUUUGAUGGGACGAUGACUUGUAUUGGCAUCUUUGUAAAUAACUUAUCCUUAAACUUUUUUGUGUUAUCCUCAACAUUUUUAAUGGAUAUGUAUAUGUUGCAGUGUAUGACCUAUAUAUUCUUAAUAUGACAAAGAUAUCAAAUGAAAUGGUCUGUGUUUGCAAGAAAACUCUUUCAACAGGUGCAACACCAGAGUGAGGAAGAUCUCAAUUAAGGACAGCCUGUAAUCAUUGAGAAAGUUCUAAUAAAGGCAAAAGUUAAAACACCUAUUUGAGUGUGCAAUGGAUGUUAAAGGCCUUUAAAAUAGAACCUGGUGUAUUUUGUUGUUUUUGUAGAUGUUUUAUUUUUGCUGUAUACCAUUACUACCUUUACUUUUGUAAUACAUCACUUUCUCUAAACUGACUUAUUAACACAACCAAUAUGUUCUCCAAAUGUAAAGCGGUGUUCCCGAGCCCACCAAUAAUUCAAACACUGAAAGUAGCUAUAACUGAAACUGAAGAAAUAUACUUUGUCUUUUAGAUUUGUCAAAUAUUGUUCAUUAAAUGAAUCAAAUGUUUUAAACAAAUUACUGAUUUAUUGUUUAUAUUAGUAAUGUAUGUAAACAUAAGGACAUUUUAAAUUGUGUUAGAAACAAGAGAAUUUGCAUUUUACAAGUGUGCCCUUUCACUUUGUAGUCUAAUCAAAUGUAAGGUACGCACUGUAAUUGUAAUAGAACAGUUAUGUCAUUUUUGAUUAUUCACUGAGCUUUAUAAGCAGAAGAAAUACUUAACUGCAUGAAAUGGUUGUCAAUAAGAUUUUGAACAAACUACAAAUAAAGACUUUUAGAGGCUUUUCUUGUUAA